AUGAAUUUAUUUCUAAGCUUAUACUCUUGCUGAAGGCUUUUUUUUAAAAUCAAAUCAGAAUAUCUUAUUGCCAAUAGAAAAGCAGGCACUACUUUUGUCAAAUUUAUAAAUAUACAUUCAAGAUUUUGGACAUUUGAAACUCAGAGAAUUUUAACUCGAAAAUAUUGCCUGGUGAAAUUCAUAAAUAAUGCCUUCUUCUAUAAUGUACAUAUGUUUUUUUUUGCAUAUAUUUUUCUUUCUUCCUUGAAAUAG